AUGGCGUGCACCUACACGACCCAGCUCCCCAUGGUCAAGGUCGCAAGAAGAUGGUCGUUCACACAUUCCGGAGAAAAAAUACGGAAGCAGGAGUUUGCGGAUUCUCUUCCCCGAGCAUCCAUUCAGGAUUUGGGAGUCAUCUUGAUGGGUGCUGGAUAUGAGGUAUUCACCAAAGGGCCAUCUUUGUAUGCUUUCAAAGGGCUGGCUGGUCGGUAUGCGCCUAUCGGCGUGCACUUGGCGAUGCUCUUCAUCAUGGCUGGUGCCACGCUAAGUGCGACAGGAAGCUUCAAAGGUUCCGUGGAUGUGCCUCAAGGGCUGAACUUUGUUAUAGGAGACGUGAUGAAACCUAGAGGGGUCCUCUCUGUUGCGCCGGAUGUUUUCAAUACUGAAGUCCAUGUCAACCGGUUCUACAUGGAGUACUAUGAUAGUGGAGAGGUCUCACAAUUUUACAGUGAUCUCUCUCUAUUCAACCUUGAUGGUAAAGAGGUGAUGAGGAAGACUAUCAAAGUAAACGAUCCCUUGAGAUACGGAGGGAUCACCAUCUACCAGACAGACUGGGGAUUUUCAGCAUUGCAAGUGAAGAAAAAUGGUGAAGGCCCUUUCAAUUUGGCGAUGGCCCCCUUGAAACUGAAUGGGGAUAAGAAGCUCUUUGGGACAUUCUUGCCACUUGAAGAUUCAGACUCAUCGAAUCCAAAUGUCAAAGGAAUAUCAAUGCUUGCCCGAGAUUUGCAGUCUAUCGUGUUGUAUGAUCAAGAGGGUAAGUUUGUAGGGGUCCGUCGGCGAAGCUCGAAACUGCCUAUUGUGAUCAAUGGCAAUGAAAUACUCAUUGAAGAUGCUAUUGGCAGUACUGGACUGGAUCUUAAGGUCGCCUAUUGA